UGUUCGCAUGCAGCUUGGGCAGCUUGGGCAGCUUGGGCCAUGGCGUUGCGCAAUGCCUUGGCAAAGCUUUCGGGCAGAAGCAGCGCUCGCAGAUUCUGGAAAGCUAUCAAGAAAGGAUACCCAAUUCUCCAGCCUGUACCACGCGAAUCUGUGCAUGAGCGGACAUCGUAUUCAACAGAUUUCCUGUAUAUCCUGACCACAGAUCAGCUGCGCAUGGCGGGCUUUCGUCGUGCCAUCUCCCAACAAAGCGCAAAGCACGUCUUGGAGAUUGGCUGUGGCCCAUGGGCACCGCUAGUGGAGUUCUCCCUGGAAGCUGCCGACAAAGUGACGGCAGUUGAGGCGUCCUCCGCACACGCGCAGAUGGCCCAGCAGCAAAUGGCACAUCAUGGGGAGCGGGUGCAGGUCCUGUCGGGGCGUUCUCUAUCUCUGCCAACGGAGCGGUUGGCUGCGCACUCGCCAGAUCUGGUCGUUGCUGAACUGCUGGGAUAUACUGCGAGUGAGGAGGGAGCACCGGCUGUUUUGGCAGAUUUGCAACGGCGUUUGGGGCCUGUGAAGACCGUGCCACGGCGGGCAAGCAGCCUUAUGGUGCCUGUGCGACCUUUGAGGUUGUCCCGUUACGAUCGGAUACGGAAUUGGCUUUUGCAUAGCUCUUGGCUAAGGCAAGAGCUUGAGAUCGGGCUUUAUGACAGCCGAAACUUUCCAAAGAGCUUGGAGUUGGCACCCGAGCAGCUCUGGGAGGACUAUCACUUUUCUUGCUUAGACGAGCUCGAACCGCAACUAUUGCAGAAACGGCACCUGACCUUCAGCGUUCCACCAGGGUCCGAGGUGGGUGGUGUUUUGCUGUGGAUGCGAACAGAGCUUUCGGAGGGCAACGUCAUUGACACACGUCGAGAUUUCACCUCGUGGAACCAGUACUAUAUGCAUUUAGAGCCGCAAGUUUGCCACGAUGGUCACUUGGAUGUAUCCAUUGCGGUGGAUGCACGUACGGAGGAUGUGAAAUAUGAGCUGCAAGUUGGCUCUCGCAGCUUCCAGAUGGGCACGGCGGUCGACAAGAAACUUUUAAUCAUCCUGCGCGAUGGCCGAAAACUUAUUGGCUGGCUGAGGACUUUUGAUCAGUUUGCCAAUUUGCUUGUGGAGCACGUCGUUGAGCGGCACAUCAUUUUCGAGGAAAAAGUCUAUGCAGAUAUCUACCUUGGGACAAUGUUGAUCCGCGGAGAGAACGUGUGCCUCUUUGGUGAGGUGGACCCAGACCGACAAGAUGGUUUGCGAGAGGCUCCACUAGCCUAUGUCCUGGCAAAGGAGGCUCAAAAUGAGGCCUCCGAUGGCAAGAAAGGAAUGGACCUUUUCGCAGAUGCCGAGCCAUGA